AUGGAAAUAACAGCACUAUUUACAACAGCAAGAACAGAUAUCGGCGCGCAUGAUAACGCAUCUCCUCUUUUUACAUUGUCUAAGGCAACGGAAAGCACAAAUGUCACUGAUGGCAAGAAAUGUUUAAAUACAAUGUACAUUUAUGAAUCUUCAGCUUUGUUUCAAAAAUACUCAUUACCAUACAUCACAGCCGUUGGAAUACCUGGAAACAUACUGUCUUUUCUUGUGUGGGUUAGACCACACAUGCUAAAUUCAUCUGGUGUUUACCUUGCGGCAUUGGCCAUUGAUCAUUUAUCAUAUUUAGUUCUAUACUCAAUUUAUAAUCUUGAAAUGCGAUGGGGAGUAAGACUUUUAAGUUUUCCUGGAUUAUGUGAAAUUUUCACCGUCCUUUAUUACUUCUUUCAGUAUAUGGACCCGCUUCUUGUGUCAGCAUUUAGUGUGGAACGCUACAUUUCUAUUUAUCAUCCAUUUAAACGGAUCAAAUACUGCACAAAGAAGAAGGCAACCAUUUUCACACUGGUUUUAGGUGUAUUUUCUGCUUUGCUCAGUGCAAUUCAAGGCUACUUCUGGUAUUAUGAAGAAAAUACGUGUUUUAUCCGAAGUGAGGUUUUAAUUGGGGGUCAAGGUUCAGUAUGGCAAGUUUGGGCGAUCAUAACUGAACUGCUGUCGUUUUUUAUCGUACCAAUGUUCGUACUGCUUUUAAAUAUUCGUCUACUGCGUUACAUCAGUAACAAACAAGGCCAGAAUUAUUGCGGAUCUGAAAAACAGCAUACAGCAAAGAAGUCGUCUGCACACACGACCUUAUUACUCUAUGUCUCAUACUAUUUUAUACUGACAACUUUACCAGUAUCAGUAAUUUAUCUGUUGCAGCUAUAUUUUUUGUCAGAGCAAGACUGUACAGUGCACUUAUUAUAUACAAGUAAAAUUAUAAUUGAAACUAUUGAAAAAACACAUUUUGCACUGAAUUUCUUUAUAUACUUCACCACAGGAGCAAUGUUUAGGGAGGAAACAAAACUUUUGUUAAAAAUAAACAGAGUCCAACCUGCUGACGUAUACAUUAUCCCAUGAUCGGUCGUGGGGCAUGUAACGGAACGAAUAUAGAUGAAACAGUCCAUGUCUUUUUGUGCACGUACUGCUUUUGAUAAUUUCAUAAAAUACAACUCACAGAGGAGAACCCGAUGUUACAUAAUAGCGUCAGUAAACAGGAUACCACUGGAACAGUUUGCUAUUAAACAGGAACAAACCUUUGUAUGGAAGUUCAAAGAGAAAAAGUGUACAUUUUUGCGUGACAAGUGUACAUUUUUGCGUGACAUGUAAACAUAAUUCUGGUUUUCCUUUUAACGUUUAUCACUUCUUUUUGAGAUGCUUGAAUAAUGUUUCCUAAAGUAUUUUUUUGUCAUUCUGUUUUGCUAUGAUUUUGCUAUGAUUAUUAAAUCAGGAAUAAGAAGACGUUUUGUCUUCAGUUAGCAUUCAAAAUAGUAAACUCGUGUACGAUUUCAAACACCAUUUCGACGCCGUCUGUGCGUAUAUAUUG